AUGGCCAGUGACAGGGUCCAUGCUGCUUUGCCUGACCCUCCCAGUCAAAGAGAAGAGGACAACAAAGAAGAAGAGAAGGCUUUUGGGAAUAUUUUUGUAGAGUUAGAAUCUGUGGACCUGCCUCUGGGAACCACCUUAAGGUCUAUUUACGAUGACCAGCCCAACGCCCACAAACGCUUCAUGGAGAAGCUGGAUGCCAGGAUAAGGAACCAUGACCGUGAGAUUGAGAAGAUGUGCAAUUUUCACCACCAAGGCUUUGUGGACGCCAUCACAGAGCUCCUCAAAGUCCGUGCUGAUGCAGAGAAACUGAUGGGUCAAGUGACAGACACUAAUCAAAGACUACAAGAAGCUGGGAGGGAGGUGACAGCUCAGACAGAGGAGGUGAUUCGAUGUCGGAUCCAGCAGAGGAACAUGGCCACCACUGUGGAGAAGCUCCAGCUCUGUAUACCAGUGCUAGAAAUGUACAGCAAACUAAAGGAGCAGCUGGAAUCCAAAAGAUACUAUGCUGCGUUGAAAACCAUGGAGCAGCUGGAGAAGGUCUACAUCCCCAGGGUCAGUCAGUACAGGUUCUGUCAGAUCAUGGCUGAAAACCUGCCCAGACUGAGAGAGGAGAUCAAGGAGAUCUCCAUGUCAGACCUAAAGGACUUCCUGGAAAGCAUCAGAAAACACUCCGACAAGGUUGGAGAAACUGCCAUGAGACAGGCACAGCAGCACAGGACCUUCAACAGUGCAGUUGCCAAGCAGGCCAGUAUGGGCCACUACACCAAGCCUGUGUACUCUCUCAAUGGACGAACACACAGUCACACUCACAACGGCCUGAUGAUGGAUGAUGAUACAGGAGAUGAAGAGGAAGCAGAUGAAGAGAUCCUUACAGCUCAGGACCUGGUGGACUUCUCACCUGUCUACAGAUGUCUGCACAUUUACACUGUACUGGGUGACCGAGAAACAUUUGAGAACUACUACAGGAAACAGAGGAAGAAACAGGCCCGGCUCGUCCUGCAGCCACAGGCGAACAUGCAUGAGACAGUGGAAGGCUACAGAAGAUACUUCAAUCAGAUUGUGGGGUUCUUUGUUGUGGAGGACCAUAUCCUCCAUGCCACGCAGGGGCUGGUGACCAGAGCUUUCACUGAUGAACUGUGGAACAUGGCCCUGUCCAAGAUCAUUGCUGUGCUCCGUACACAUUCUUCAUACUGUGAUGACCCAGACCUGGUCCUGGAGCUAAAGAACCUCAUAGUCAUCUUUGCUGACACACUACAGGGUUACGGUUUCCCAGUGAACCGGCUGUUUGACCUGCUGUUUGAGGUCAGAGACCAAUACAAUGAAACUCUGCUGAAGAAGUGGGCACUGGUUUUUAGGGAGAUCUUUGAGUUGGACAACUACAGUCCCAUCCCAGUGGAGACAGAGGAGGAGUAUAAACUGGUGGUCAGCCGCUUUCCCUUCCACGAUGCUGAGAUAGAGAAGCAGGACUUUCCGAAGAAGCUGCCGAUGUCCCAGUCUGUCCCUCAGAUCUACACACAGGUCAAAGAGUUCAUUUAUGCCAGCCUGAAGUUCUCAGAGUCACUACACCGCAGUUCAACAGAGAUUGAUGAUAUGUUGCGAAAAUCAACCAACCUACUGCUGACAAGAACACUCAGCAGCUGUCUGCAAAACCUCAUCAAGAAACCUCACAUAGGACUGACUGAACUAGUGCAGAUCAUCAUUAACACCACCCACCUGGAGCAAGCCUGCAGGUAUCUGGAGGAGUUUAUAACAAACAUCACCAAUGUCUCCCCCGAAACAGUCCACACCACAAGACUCUAUGGCUUGUCCACAUUCAAGGAUGCUCGUCACGCCGCAGAGGGAGAGAUUUACACCAAACUCAACCAGAAGAUCGAUGAAUUUAUCCAGCUAGCAGACUAUGAAUGGGGCAUGGCUGAGUCAGACGGCCGUGCCUCUGGAUACCUGAUGGACCUGAUCAACUUCCUGCGUUCCACUUUCCAGGUCUUCACACACCUUCCGGGUAAAGUGGCCCAGACAGCUUGUAUGUCAGCCUGCAAGCAUCUGUCCACAUCACUGAUGCAGAUGCUGCUGGACACAGAACUCAAACAGAUCAGUAUGGGGGCAAUUCAGCAGUUCAACCUGGAUGUCAUUCAGUGUGAAUUGUUUGCCAGUUCAGAGCCAGUCCCUGGCUUUCAAGGAGACACACUCCAGCUGGCCUUCAUCGACCUGCGACAGCUCCUGGACCUGUUCAUGGUGUGGGACUGGUCGACUUACCUGGCAGAUUAUGGUCAGCCAACCUCCAAAUACCUGAGAGUGAACCCCGCCACUGCCCUGGCACUCCUGGAGAAGAUGAAGGACACCAGUAAGAAGAACAACAUCUUCUCUCAGUUCAGGAAGAAUGACAGAGACAAACAGAAGCUGAUAGAGACUGUGGUCAAACAGCUGAGGAGCCUGGUCAACGGCAUGUCCUCCUGAACACACACACACACACACACACACACAGAGAAGUGACAUGUGUGUCACAAAGAGAUAUAAAGAAUGAGACAUGCAUGCAGUCACAUGCACACACUGAACUGCCAGGACACUCCCAGAGGACGGACAUUUUCACACAUGGAAUGAAGUGAAAACACACAACAUGACAGUGACACACAGGGAAUUUACACACACACACACACACACACAUAGACACACAAAAGGGACAGCAAUACACAUACUGUACAAGGCAUGCAGGGGACUAGUAAAUAUGACACACACACACACACACAGAGUCAUAUCCUCCUCUUACUGUUAUACCUGACUGAAUAAUCAAUGUAAGUAACACACACACAUACAAAAACAUACUAAACAGUUUACUGGACUCUUCAUAGGAGUUAACAGUAAAAUGUAAAGUAUUUUUAAUGGCUAUGAUAAGAUAAACUAUGUUUUGUACAUUUGUGAGAGUGUCAUGAUUGUAGCUGCAGAGGGAGGCUGGUGCAGCAGAGGAAACGGCACUCACAAGUACUGGGACAGCGAGGUCAAAGGUCAGUGCCACAGGUGCAUGACACACCUCGACUGAAAAUUAGAUUAGAGGUAAAUGAAUGAAGGUGGGAUAUAUUUUCUUUACAUUGAUUUGCUAAUCAUUUUUUGAACAUUUUCAAAUACAGAUCUGGCCAUAUCUUACACACUGCACCGUUACAGGCAGAACAGGAAGCCAUAGCUCAGUAGUGACCAUUCAAACCAAUGUCUCCACUUUAACCAGCUGUGACUCCGUUUUUAACAUGGGUCUCAUGUUAAAGGCUAGAAAAAACAUAGAUGGUACAUUUACAAACAACACAAGCCAUGAUAAUGUGAGUGUGAGCUCUGUAAUGACAGCUCAGUUUUUCCCACUGUGCAAAAAUAAUUAAGAUGUGUCUGAAUUUGAAAAAAACAUUUCAAAACUAGACAUAUACUCAACAUAUACAAACAAACCAGGUCUCUCAUUGAAAUGACACUGAAGAAGACUACGACUAAGAUUACAGUAACAAAUUUUCUUUAGAGCAUGUUGGAUUUGAGUCUGGGUCCCAGUGAAGCUCCAGGUUGAGUCACAAUAAAAUACUGUAAUUUUACACUGUAAUCAGUGCAUAUCAGUGGAAUCGAUGCCCUCAAAGAAUUCAGUCAUGGAGGCAAAGUCAAUAUGUACAAAUAAGACUUCAAGCCAGGUUCAUAAAUUUGCACCAUUGAUCGACUGCAAACGAUCUGAGCUGAGCUGACCUGUAAUUAAACGGAUACAGCUGUAGAGUCCAGUAUGGUUCAGAUUGGAUGGUGCAGCAGUGCGACCACUUGUGUCUCAGUCACAGAGGCCAUUAACACAUUCCCUUAUAUUAGCUCAUUGAACUUACUGUCUGGACAGCAUUCACAUUUCUGAACAAAAGCUCUGAUCUCAUAAGACACUAAACCUUAUUCAGAACAUGAAACUCUUUCAGUUUAGUUUUUGCUAUCUGUCAGUUUCCCACAGAAUUCUGGGUAUUGAAAUGUUGCCAUCGAUGGUUCUGACCAAGUUAAACUCAUUGUCCCAGUACUUCAACUUUUUCUGUGUAUGCGUGUGUGCAGAAACAAAGUACCGCUGAGGUCAUGGAUGGAUGGAAGAACAGAUGAAUGGAUGAUGACGUCUCGAAAGACUGAUGUUCAUGAAAAAGUGACGUUUUGUUGAACUUGGUGGCUUUGCUUGCUGUUUGUCUUCUUUUCUGCCUCACAUCGUACACUGAAGCCGAGCCCCUGAGACAGAGCCUCACAGUGACUGAACAUGGAGGAGUUCAGCGUCUGCUUGAACAUGACACGUGCAGGCAGCAAGCAUGAUGAAACCUGUUUGCAGAGAGUGGUAGUGGGCCGAGUCGUUCACGCUUUCACGGUGGUUAAAAUCUUCACAUGUUCUCUGCAUCCAAAAAGUGGCUUUUUAAAUGAUUUGGUCCACCUUGUGUUUAUACACAGUUUGGACAACGUAACACAACAAAUCAAAUAAUGCAGUCUGUUACAACAACACACAAACUCAGUGCAGGUUGUUGUACUGAAUUGUAUUAGAUUGUACAGGUGGACACAUCUGGAUUUGCUCAGCAAAGGCUCCGAGGAACUGAUGAGGAUUUUGGGUUUGAGUGUCAGUGACCACUGCAUGAAACAAUCCUAAUGGAGGGUUUGCAUGUGAUGUCACCAUAUGAGAAAUUCACCAUGUUGCAGGACACUUACACCUGGUGUUGACACGCAGUCUGUAUCUGGACAUGUUUAGUGCAAAUGCUAGCAGAGCACAUAGCAUACCAGUCAGACCACCUCUGGAGGUGUACCGUGGUCAGAUCUCAGCCUGGUGUAAAUAUGCAGUGUGGAAACAAUUUUAAGAAAUAAAAUCUACCCAUCAAGUUUGAAGGUCACAAAGCUACAGAGGGAUCUUUCCUCUGCAAAGGAAGAAUAAGUAGAGCACAUGCAACAGCAUCACUUCAGGAGACUGGAGGGACUGCUGAUACGUGCAAGAUUAGAGUUGCAGGACUGAUGGGAUAAACUAGUACCACUAGUGCAGGAAGCUUCUCUGUUGGCUCUGAUUAUCCUAUAAUCUACACUUUUUUGUCCUUGUGACUUCAAUUUUAUCAUUUAGCCAUGUCCACCAGGGCCCAGCUCAAAAUGUGUGGCUGAACCUUCUUAUGUCUACAUCCAAUGUAGCAUAAACAGAAGUACGUCAGCUGUCAGUGCCUGUCACGAGUGAAUGAUUGACAGCCAGGUGUACUCCAGAGCUGCAUCACACGGAUCCCCUUAUACUACAUUCAAUGUCUGCAGACAUUUUCACACGUGCAGUUGAGAUCAUGUGACCCGCACAUGCAUUCUACACAUGCAUACAUAUUGGGCUGCUCACAGACAUGGGUCGAUGAUGAAAUCUACACCGUCCAGACUCUAAAAGUAUAAUUAGCAGUCAGCCCGCAUUCUGUGGAUACUUUUGGCUAUCACCAUCUGUCAUGUGACACGUUCAUCAAGAGUCUCCAGUAUUGUUUUGAGUUGAUAUGGGGCGCGCCAUGUUUGUCGACAUGUCUGCCUGUUCCACCUGCCUAUAUCUGCAUAUUGAGACGUGAUCACACAAUCUAUAUGAGAGCACCUCGUAACACCAGGUGGAAAUGCACAGGCCUGUGAGCGGAUGUCAUUAUUUGGAUACAGAUCACAUGUUAAUACCCGGUGACGGGGUUUAAAUUUUCCCAGCACAUUUCAGCACCCACAGGCCAACAGACAUUUACACAUCAUUCAAUCUGUUGAGCUUUACCUGAACGAGGCUUUAACAGACAAGGUUGUUUUCCUCCCGAGGUGUCACAGCUGCACUCGUUCAUAGCAGCCACAGCAGUCUGUGGCCACUCAGUGGUCUUGAGGGUGGUCAGGAGGUCUCAUGUGAAUGUGACAUCAGUGCAUGCCCUCUUCCUCCCUCUGUAAAUCCUGUCAGUUGUAGGGUAAAGGACAUUAUUUAUGUGAUGUUAACUACAGUUUUGUCUUACAACCCACUCAAACUACUUGAUUCAUGCUUGCAAGAAAACAAGUCCCCCUUGGGGGAUUGUGUGUUAUUAGUGAUUAUAUAUACAUAUAUAUAUUUAACAGUUCAAUAACUUGCAUUCAGCAUACUUUCUUUUUGUUCCUCAGGGUGAAAUGAAGCUUUAGAAUCUCAUAACCCACAUAUAUCCACAAAGCACAGCAAUAAUGAAUUGGUUCCUUUACAGCCUCGCAGCAAGUUGAUGCUUACUAAAAACCUGCACACGACUCCUGGUGACGAACAUUUUAUAUUGAGACUGUUUCUAUUCUGUUCAUGUUUUGGGUCUGUGCUCCACUUUCAGCAGGCAUUUUUGCUCUGAAACUGAGGUUUUUCCUUUUAGAUUAAUUUUUUUGCCUUUUUUAAAAUUUGCUUGUAAAUGACACUGUAUAUACUGCAUAUUUUGUAAAGAAAAUAUUCCAGCAGUUUGUCUGCUACAAACAGAAUUGGAGGUUGUCAGUAAGAUAAGCACCUCCGUCAACACCUAAAGUAAAUAUGUAAUUAAUGAGAGUUUGAAUUUGCAUUUGUUGCUUACUUGGUGGACACAGUUCAGUACAGUGUGAGGAGCUCAGUGAUUUACAUUGGUACCUUCUCUCCACUCAUUUGCAUGGUUAAGGAAUAUAAAUGAUAUAUUAUGUUCAAUCAAAGGUCCUGUAUAACAUUCCAAUAUGAAGUUUGUAAAUACCGGUCCUAAAGAUUCCAACUACAUACAAACUAUCCAAAAUAAAGGACAGUUCCAAAUGAAGUUUCAGUCGAAGGGAUUCUGUGCACACACCUCACUGUCUGGGGGUUUCGUGUGUGUGAACUGGUUCUCCUAGUUUCGAGGUGUGUACAGGGCCUCCCAUGUCAUUCAGUUCUUCCUCCUGCCAUUAAUUUAUGAUCCAUUUUACCAUUAAAUCCUUAGAUAAAUGUCAGCAAACAGUAUGGAUUGGUGAAAUGCCUCACAUGGCACAAUGUGCAUGUCCACAUCACUAAUUUCAUCAGUACAGCCACAGAGGCACGUCGUGCUCUCCACUGCUCUCACUUUCUCAUUUUACCAUGAAUACUGCUUUUAUCUGUUAUUUACAGUUCUUUCUGCUUGGUUUAUUGAUGGCUUCCAUUGCUACAGUCAGUGCAGCUCAGGCUGUCCUGCAGAGGUUUCACAUUUAAAGCCUGUACCAGAAAAACGGGAGGAAGUGUUUCCUUUAAGCUGGACGACUUACUAUGUGAAACGUCUUCGCUGGAAGUCUUCAUCAACAGUGACUUAACACUGAUCGAAAAAAUGGGACGUGAAAAGUAGAAAAAAAAAGUCAGUGUAUGAAAGCAGCAUGUGUGAAAAAAGAGAAAGUCGUAGCAGCACAGUGGUGAGUAUGGCAUGACUCUGAAACAUACAUUAUACUGAACUCAUCAAGUGACCGGGUCGUCAUGGACAUCAACAUCAACAGCAAAUUAAAACAGGGACAGAUCAGAAAACAAUUUCUGUCUCCUAGAAAUGAAGAUGACCUUCAAUAUGUAUGUGUGUUGCAGAUUAGUUGAAUUUGAAUGUAAUUUCCAGGAGACAGGAUUAUAAAAGAUGAUCAAACAUACUUAGAAAACAAGGGAAUCUUUGCAGUUGGUAAACAGCUGACAAUGUAUGUUCAUUAAUAUAUGAUGUGUCACAUAAUCUCAUAAUGUAGUAGAUUCAGAUACACACCUAAUCCAAAAUUCAAGUACGAAAUUCAUCAGUGCUGCCAAAUAAAAAGACCACGGGUCAAGAUUAAAAAUGAAGGUUUUACAUGAAACUGCUUGUAUGCCAAUGAUCAUUUCCACUGGGAAUAAAACGAGCUUGUUUUUCUUGCCUUCCACAGAAGUGGAGAGAGGGUACGUUUUGAUAUCCAAAGGAAUCCUUGCUUUACCUUUGUCGUUGUUCUCAGUAAGACACCCUGACUGAGAUGUUGUUUUCCUAAAUUUGUUGUUUUUAAUUUUGUGUGCUGUAAUAAAGGUUUAUUCAA